AUACAAAUGUUACCUUCCCACUUUUGUUCUUGAAUGUGUUUCCUUCUUUUAAUGCUAAACAUGUUAACAUCAGAGAGUUUUGUGUUUAGUUCUGGGGAGAGUGUUUAUAGUAACGUCGAAAUGCGGGGACGACACGCGGAUUCUUAUUCCAUGUACAAGCGUGGUAGCAGAGACCACAUUAUCAAUGCCUAUGACUAUGACAAAGAACAAGUACGAUUACUGAAUGGAGUAGGCAAAGAUAUUGGAAACCCUCCUUGGAAGCGAUCAUUCCCGUAUAUACUCCUGGCAACCUUAUCUUCCUUCUUAUUUGGUUACCAUCUUGGAGUAGUUAAUGAAACGCUAGAAAGUAUUUCACAUGACCUUGGCUUUCAUGGGGAUACCAUGGCUGAAGGCCUGGUUGUAAGUACAUGUUUAGGGGGUGCCUUUGUGGGAUCGUUGUUCAGUGGUUUGAUUGCAGAUGGGGUUGGGCGUCGCAGGGCAUUCCAGCUGUGCGCUUUACCUAUGAUAAUUGGAUCUUCAAUGAGUGCAACAGCAGAAACCUUUUGGGGCAUGCUUCUAGGGAGGUUAUUUGUUGGGACUGGAAUGGGUAUUGGCCCUCCUGUUUCGGCUCUUUAUAUGGCAGAGGUUUCUCCAGCUUAUAUAAGAGGUACAUAUGGAAGCUGCAGUCAAAUCGCUACAUGUUUAGGAUUGAUAGGUGCUCUAUUUAUGGGAUUCCCUGCUAAGGAAACCGAGGGUUGGUGGCGCAUAUGUUUCUGGGCAUCUCUUGCUCCUGCUGCUAUACUUGUUCUUUUUAUGGAAUUUUCUGUAGAAAGUCCCCAUUGGCUUUUCAAGAGAGGACGGGGUGCUGAUGCUGAAGUUGUGUUUGAGAAACUUCUGGGAGGACCACAUGUCAAAGUUGCAAUGGCUGAAUUGUCAAAGUCAGAAAGAGGGGAUGAGUCAGAUACAGUCAAGCUCUCCAAGCUACUUUGUGGCCGUCAUCGUAAAGUUGUUUUCAUUGGAUCUCUUCUUUUUUCUUUACAACAACUAUCUGGAAUAAACUCUGUUUUCUAUUUCUCAUCGUCCGUCUUUAAAAGUGCCGGUGUACCCUCACAGUCCGCAAACAUAUGUGUGGGAAUUGCCAAUUUGUUAGGGUCACUUUUUGCAUUGCUUUCAAUGGAUAAACUGGGAAGGAAGGCACUCCUCAUUGCAAGUUUUUCAGGAAUGGCAGCAGCAAUGGGUAUUCAGGCAAUUUCAGCUAGUUCCUUAUUCGUGAGCAGUAAUGUAAUUUAUAUCUCUGUUGGAGGCAUGCUGUUGUUUGUCUUCACCUAUGCUAUGGGUGCUGGACCAGUGCCUGGACUUCUCCUAUCGGAAAUGUUCCCCGGUCGGAUUAGGGCCAAGGCGAUGUCAAUUUGCAUGGCUGUCCACUGGAUGUUUAAUUUCUUAGUCGGUCUGUUGUUUUUACGAUUACUGGAGAUGCUUGGACCAUUACUCCUGAAUACAAUUUUUGCCACCUUUUGUUCGCUGGCAGUAAUAUUUGUAAAGAAAAAUGUGCUGGAAACUAAAGGCAAAACACUUCAAGAGAUUGAAGUUGCACUUCUUCCACCAGGAGAGCUUUUACAACUGGAUUCUGUCAAAGUCCACAAUUGAAUUGGGGGGGGCAUGUUGUUAUUCUGCAGGGAGCUGCUGAAUAUCAAAGUUGUUCAUUGCAGUCGAUUCUUUUGCAUCAAACUUAUUUCUGAAUACAAAUCC